UUUCGAUUACUUGUCUCUGCCGCUAAGGAAGGUAAAGCGGUGACGGCUGCCGCGGGAGUGGAGGCUUCCCUAGUUCCCCAAGAGAGGUGGGAGACUCGGCACGGGACACGUUUAAUACGUCAUCAUUGAAUGAAUGUAUGAAAGUUCCUUGCCAAGCAUUCUUCGUUGGGACCUUCUUUUUUCUGCUUACUGAAUAAUUUUUUUCAGAAGUUCCUUUUUUUUUUUUUUGGUGCCAUGUUCUGUGGCCUACAUCAAAAGAGGAGUUUGUCUUCAUGAAGAUUCCUAACAUUGGUAAUGUGAUGAAUAAAUUUGAGAUCCUUGGGGUUGUAGGUGAAGGAGCCUAUGGAGUUGUGCUUAAAUGCAGACACAAGGAAACACAUGAAAUUGUGGCAAUCAAGAAAUUUAAGGACAGUGAAGAAAAUGAAGAAGUCAAGGAAACGACUUUACGAGAGCUUAAAAUGCUUCGCACUCUCAAGCAGGAAAACAUCGUGGAGCUGAAGGAAGCCUUUCGCCGGAGAGGGAAGCUGUACCUGGUGUUUGAAUAUGUUGAGAAAAAUAUGCUUGAAUUGCUGGAAGAAAUGCCAAAUGGAGUUCCACCUGAAAAAGUGAAAAGCUACAUCUACCAACUAAUUAAAGCUAUUCACUGGUGCCACAAGAAUGACAUAGUCCAUAGAGAUAUAAAGCCAGAAAAUCUCUUAAUCAGCCACAAUGAUGUCCUGAAACUAUGUGACUUCGGUUUUGCUCGGAAUCUCUCAGAGGGCAAUAAUGCGAAUUAUACCGAGUAUGUGGCUACAAGGUGGUACCGGUCGCCAGAGCUAUUACUCGGAGCUCCCUACGGCAAGUCCGUAGACAUGUGGUCAGUGGGCUGUAUUCUUGGGGAGCUUAGUGAUGGACAGCCCUUAUUUCCUGGAGAAAGUGAAAUUGACCAACUCUUUACUAUUCAGAAGGUGCUAGGACCACUUCCAUCUGAGCAGAUGAAGCUCUUCUACAGUAAUCCUCGUUUCCAUGGGCUCCGGUUUCCGGCUGUUAACCAUCCUCAGUCAUUAGAGAGAAGGUACCUUGGAAUCUUAAAUAGUGUUUUACUUGACCUCAUGAAGAAUUUACUGAAGUUGGACCCAGCUGACAGAUAUUUGACAGAGCAGUGUUUGAAUCACCCUACAUUUCAAACCCAGAGACUUUUGGAUCGGUCUCCUUCAAGGUCAACGAAAAGGAAACCUUACCAUGUGGAAAGCAGCACACUGUCUAAUAGAAACCAAUCCAGCAAGGGUGCCGCUUUACAGACUCACCACAGAUCCAACAGCAAGGACAUUCAGAACCUGGGUGUGGGUCUGCCGCGGGCUGAUGAAGGCCUUCCCGCAAAUGAAAGCUUCCUGAAUGGAAACCUUGCUGGAGCUACUCUCAGCCCAAUGCAUACCAAGACCUACCAAGCAAGCACCCAGCCUGGGUCUGCCAGCAAAGAUCUCACAAACAACAACAUACCACACCUUCUCAGCCCAAAAGAAGCCAAGUCCAAAACAGAAUUUGACUUCAGUAUCGACCCAAAGCCUUCAGAAGGUCCAGGCACUAAGUACCUCAAGUCCACCAGCAGAUCUCAACAGAACAGGCACUCGUUCAUGGAAAGCUCCCAGAGCAAAGCCGGGACGCUGCAGCCUAGUGAGAAGCAAAGUCGGCACAGCUAUAUCGACACCAUUCCCCAGUCCUCCAGGAGUCCAUCUUACAGAACGAAGGCCAAAAGCCAUGGGGCGUUGAGUGACUCCAAGUCUGUGAGCAACCUUUCAGAAGCCAGAGCCCAAAUCACUGAGACUAAUACCAGUAGAUACUUCCCAUCCAGUUGCUUGGAUUUGAACUCUCCCACCAGCCCAACCCCCACCAGGCACAGUGACACGAGAACUUUGCUCAGCCCUUCCGCGAGAAAUAACCGAAACGAGGGCACUCUGGACUCACGCCGAACUACUACCAGACACUCAAAAACCAUGGAAGAGUUGAAGCUGCCUGAACACAUGGACAGCAGCCAUUCGCACUCACUGUCUGCGCCUCAUGAGUCAUUUUCUUACGGGCUAGGCUACACCAGCCCCUUCUCCUCUCAGCAGCGCCCCCACAGGCACUCCAUGUACGUGACCCGGGACAAAGUACGAGCUAAAGGCCUUGAAGGAAGCCUCAGCAUAGGGCAAGGCAUGGCAGCAAGAGCAAACAGCUUGCAGCUCUUAUCACCCCAGCCUGGAGAACAGCUCCCUCCAGAGAUGACUGUGACGAGACCUUCUGUUAAAGAGUCCUCCAGAGAAGGCACCACUUCAUUCCACGCCCGUCAGAAGUCUGAGGGUGGAGUGUACCAUGACCCCCACUCUGAUGAUGGCGCGGCUCCCAAAGAAAAUCGGCAUCUGUACAAUGAUCCUGUCCCAAGGAGAGUUGGUAGCUUCUAUAGAGUGCCCUCUCCACGACCAGACAAUUCUUUCCAUGAAAAUAAUGUGUCCACCCGAGUUUCUUCUUUGCCAUCUGACAGCAGUUCUGGUACCAAUCAUUCAAAAAGACAACCAGGAUUUGAUCCAUGGAAAAGCCCUGAAAAUAUUAGUCAUUCUGACCAGCUCAAAGAAAAGGAGAAGCAAGGUUUUUUCAGGUCAAUGAAAAAGAAAAAGAAGAAAUCUCAAACAGUACCCAACACUGAUGGUCCCGAUCUUCUGACUCUCCAGAAAGCCAUUCAUUCUUCUAGCACUGCAAGCAGCAGACCAAAGGAGUGGCGCCCUGAGAAGCUGGCAGAUCUGCAGACCCAGAGCCAACCACUCAAAUCCCUUCGCAAGCUGUUGCAUCUCUCGUCAUCAACCAAUCACCCGGCUUCUUCAGAUCCUCGUUUCCAGCCCUUAACAGCUCAACAAACCAAAAAUUCCUUCUCAGAAAUUCGGAUUCACCCCCUGAGCCAGGCCUCUGGUGGGAGCAGCAACAUCCGGCAGGAGCCUACACCAAAGGGCAGGCCAGCCCUUCAGCUGCCAGGUCAGAUGGAUCCUGGAUGGCACGUGUCCUCUGUGACCAGGAGUGCCACAGAGGGACCUUCCUAUUCUGAACAACUGGGUGCCAAGGGUGGGCCAAACGGGCACCCUUAUAACAGAACAAAUCGCUCACGAAUGCCAAAUCUGAAUGAUUUAAAAGAGACAGCCUUGUAAUUUAU